GACGAUGUGAAAACACAUAAAAGAAAUUCGCUUAUGUCAACCGGGUCGCGAGUAGGUUUUGCUAAUUGUUCGGUGAAAAAGUACUCCAAAUUGAACGGAUAGUGUAAAAUUUAGUGUAAACGGGUCCCACAACUGAGCGAAGCUAGUUUGUGGCGCGAGAGGGGAUAUUUCACCGAGCCAGGAUUCCUUAAUUUCCUGCUAUAUGGGCGUAUUUUACGAACCAUUAGGAUCGCGCCUUUGUUGCGAAAAGAGUUCUGUGGCGGUAGCGCUCUGCAGCUAUUUUUACUACUGUUUGGUAUCAAUGUUGUUCGAUUACUGCCGCCAAGGAAGCAAGAGUUGAAGUCGAACGUCUUGCGCUCUUGUCGCCUUUUUUACUGUGUUGUGGGAAGUGUGGUUGCAUCAACGGUUUGUCAGUGGCGGAAGACGAUGGAAGUAGAAUCUGCCCACACCGCUGAGAUGUGCUACAUUACAACACCCCCACCGAGCAAAAGGACAGAAACGGUCGGCGAAAAGUACAAUCACAGCAGUCCGCCAUCGGAGCGAAAUAGCUGCAGAAAUCAAGAUCAGGAAAACGGGGAGAAUCGAAGUCGAUAUGCGUAUGCUGGAGAUGAUCCUCCCCCGGCGGAGGAGCUGCACCAGCGUCCCACGGACGGUGGAAGCUCAGGGAAUUAUCUGCUGGAUGAUGAUGAGGAUGUGUACCGGACGGUCACUAGUCAGCGUUCGGGCGUUCAGUGGAUUAACGAUGACGACGAAAUUGAACGACUGGAUUUGUCGCUGUCGAUCGAUCCGGCGAAUAUUGUGUUUAAUCGGGUGGAUAGUGCCGAUAUUAUAUACCAGGCGAAGCGGAAAAAGUGCAAACUGGUCGGGAAGUACGUGAUGGGUGAUGUUCUCGGUGAGGGGAGCUACGGGAAGGUUAAGGAGGUUCUAGACUCGGAGACGCUUAGCAGGAGAGCCGUUAAGAUUCUCACAAAGCGCAAACUGCGACGCAUUCCAAAUGGUGAGCAGAAUGUCCGUCGUGAAAUCAAAUUACUUCGGAAGCUGCACCAUCGUAACGUUAUUGAACUACUUGAUGUGCUGUAUAACGAGGAAAAGCAGAAGAUGUACUUGAUAAUGGAGUACUGUGUGGGGGGACUGCAGGAAAUGCUGGAUUCGGUUCCGGAGAGGAAACUGCCAAUGCACCAGGCUCACGAUUAUUUUGUGCAGCUGUUGGACGGACUUGAGUAUCUUCACGGGCGAGGCAUUAUCCACAAGGAUAUUAAACCGGGAAAUCUACUCUUAACAUUGGAUCAUAUGCUGAAGAUUACCGAUUUUGGUGUGGCUGAGGCAUUGGACGUAUUCGCUCCCAACGAUGAUUGCACUACGGGCCAAGGUUCACCGGCGUUCCAACCACCGGAAAUUGCUAACGGGCAUGAUGUGUUCUCCGGAUUUAAGGUUGAUAUAUGGAGCACUGGUGUUACGCUAUACAACAUUACAACGGGUCUGUAUCCGUACGAGGGUGAUAACAUUUACAAAUUGCUAGAAAACAUAGGAAAAUGCGAAUGGGUCGCUCCGGAAUGGUUGGAACGUCGAUUGGCGGAUUUGUUAACCAAUAUUCUGCAGGCCGACCCGGCGAAUCGAUUCAGUUUGCAGCAAAUUCGACAGCACGAAUGGUUUCAAUGUGCACCGGUCGCUGUGGGUCCUUUGGUGCCGAUACCAGCCCUCAAGGGAGACAGACUUAGACGUUCCACAGUAUUGCCUUAUCUGGAAGCACAUCACUACGAGGCGGAACGGGAUCUCGCGAACAUGUAUUUCACCGAGCACUAUAUUAACGAAGAGAUAGCUUGCCAGCAGCAGCAGAGCGGGUCUCUCGUGGAUCCCCGAUAUUCGCACGGGAUGGAAUCACGUUCCUACAAUUCGGAUGAUUACCAGAACCACCAACACCACCAUCAGCAGCCUCAUUCUCAUCCCCAGAGUCUGUAUCAUCAUCAUCACAACAGCAGCAGCAACAAGAGCAAUGCAGCGUAUUCUGGUGAGGGCGCCGGCGAUGCGGACAGUGGACGGAAGACGCGUAGCUUCUCCCUGUCGCCCAAGAUCAGUAUGCGCCACUCGACGGCUCCCGGUGCAGCCGCAGCCGGCAAUUCCAAGCGAUCUCGCUCACGGAAACCCGUUUCCUGUAUAUCGUGGAAAAAGUGGACCCACUGUCGACAGUCGUGAAGUAGCAACGGCGAUGGGGAUGAUGACUUUGACGAAGACGACGAUUAGGUCGAUUAGAUGGAUGUGGGGGAGGAUCCCGCCGGACGCUGAUGCCAUUUGUUGGUAGGUACUCGUGUGUUCUAGGGUUGGUAAUAUAUAGAUUUAUAUAUAUAUAUUUUAUACUGUAUUAAGUUUAGUGAGACUUUUUAUAAAAGAAAAGAAAAAAAACGCGUCAAUCUCGGUGUGAGUGCGGAUAGAGAACCAGUACUAAAUUAUUAUUAAUUGAAAUAGAAUAAACAGACAAACAAAUGCCUUGUUGUAGGAUAGUCAGAGAAGUUAUUUCAGAGAUUUUUUUGUGUUUUUUUUAAUCUGUGGGGAACGGCGGGGGUUAAUGCCGUUCCGCCAUCCUGUUGUUAGUGUAUUAUGUAAUAUGUAAAUAUUGAAAUCAACAGAGUAUUAUUCCAAACGCGCGCGUCAUUUCUAACUGUUUGACAUAAGGGUGUCUCACAUCAUCGCAAUAGGGUUUUUUUCUGUUUCCUUUUGAAUACGUACUAAUGGUUGAUAUAUUUGAGCCUCACGAUGUUUUCGAGUUGAACACCUGAAUGAUAACUAAUUGAGCUAGUCAAAAAACAACAAAACAUAAAAUAGAAAAGUGGUAAGCUUUAGCGUCUUUCGGUCUAACGCAAUGCUAGAAGUGACCAUCGAAUUUGUGUUUGCAAUGGCACAUCAACACACAAAAAUAGCGAAUAGAUCACGCAAACACAAUGUCAAACAACAUCAAAAUAUAGAGAUUCAUCUUAGAAGUCUUCCUUGCCAUAGAAAUUGAAAAUUUAAAAAAAUCGGAAGGGCGGAAUCAAACAAACUAUUAUAAUAGUAAGAAAACAAAAACAAUGUACACAAUAAAUCUACGAUGAAAAAUACACUUUGGCGAAGAGAAAAUCA